AUGGCUUGUUCUUUAAAUACAAUAUCAAAAAUCGAUGAUUUAUCACGAAUUCGAGCUAUUCUUUUACCUCAUCUACUUGAUUCUAUAGUUGAUAAUGAUUAUCAAACAACUGAUACUGAUGCAACAGAAGAUGAUGAAAUACCAACUUCAGAAAGUGUUGCUCGAACAGCUGCAUUACUUGUAACAUAUGAAAAAAAAAAGAAAAAAACCUCUCGUAAUCGUAAUCAAUGGUUGCGUGAUUGUCAAUUAGCAUUUUCACCAACACUUAAUCUACUUGUAAUUGCUUUUGAUCAACAAAUUGUUGUCUCAACAGCUAGAAAUAAAACUUCAAGUCAUGAACAAUCAAAUUUUACAGCAUCAUUUGAUACAAAAUUACAAGUUGAAUCUAAUGAAAGAAUUACCAGUGUACUUUGUUUACCAAGUGCAUCAACUGCAAAAAGAUCAUCACCUGAAUGGACAUGUAUUAUUGUUGGUUUUACAACUGGUUAUGUUCGAAUGUAUACUGAAGAUGGAAUUUUAUUAUUUUCACAAAUAUUUCAUGAUGAAUCUGUAGUACAAUUGAAAUGUCAUACACAAUUUCCAUCACCUAUUCGAAGUAUAACAGAACAGCCCGAUGAACUUUUUAUUCGAUAUAGUUCAUCAAUUCUUGUUGCUGUUGAUGGUUUAUCACUUUAUCAAUUAUUAAAAGUUUGUCGAGAACAUAUAUUAAAAUCAAGUAAUAUAUUGUCUUCAUCAUCACCUCAAUUAUCAUUUAAAAAAUGGAGUUUUCCUGAUCAAAAUCAAGUUUAUGAUUUUGUUCCUGCAGGAUUAAUAACUGAUAAUCGUUUUGAUCAAUUUUGUGUUGCUUCCAUGAGAGGUGGUUAUCAAGCUCAAAUACGUUCUGUACCACCUCUUUUUUCUCGUUUAAUUACAAUUGGUGCUGAACCUUAUUGCAAUUUUUAUUAUUGUACUGAAGGUACACAAACGCCACAUCUUACUGAAGUAGCUUCUGCACUUGCUGAUAAAGUUAAAAGUUCAGUUGUAUCUGCAGUUAGUCGAUUUUUUCCAUUGAGACAAGCAUCACCAAAUACAGAAAAUCGAAAAGUAAAAAUUGAACCUGAAACAAAACUUGAAAGUAGAUUUGGUAUUCGUGAUUUACGUCGACAUGGAGAAAAAAUUAUUAUUUCACCAGGACUUCAUAUAGCAGCAAUUUGUGAUAGUUUUGGUCGAAUAAUUCUCUAUGAUGUUCAUCGAAGUAUUGCUAUUCGUAUGUUUAAAGGAUAUCGUGAAGCAGAAAUUGGUUUUAUUCAAAUUGAAGAAUCAACAACUCGUGAUACAUCAAUGAGUUUAUUAUCAAGAAAAUCUGCUCUUUUUCUUGUUAUUCAUGCACCUAAACGUCAAUUAGUUGAAAUCUGGGGUUGUCAACAAGGUGCACGUGUUGCUGCUUUUAAUGUAUCAAAAAAUAGUCGUUUAAUUUAUCUUGAACAUUAUACACUCGGUUGGACAAGUAGUGGAUCAAAUUCAUCAAAAUUAUCACAAUAUAAACAAUGUAUACUUCUCGAAGAAAAUGGAGAUAUAAAAACAUUUCAAAUUCCAUUUCAUCUUAUAUUAAGUGAUCGAAAUAAUCAACGAGCACAUAAUCUAAUGGUUGUACGUCAAGUUCGUCGUCUUCUUAAAGAAUCAACUGAUGAUAAUGAUUCAUUAAAAAAUGAUAUUCAUCAACAAAUAAAACGUCUUAUAUCAUUAGAUUCACAAUCUGAAAUUCUUGAUCUUUUAUUUCAUACAGAUUAUCUUAAUUUAAAUACAAUACGAAUGUUUAUUGAUGAAAUUUUAAAAGAUUUAGAAAAAACUUCUCAUCAUCAUAAUCCACAAGACUGUAUACAUUUACAAGAUUUUUGUAAUAAUGCAUUAAAUUUACUUAAUAUUUAUACUUGUAUUGAACAAUAUCGAACUGAUCAUUUAUCAUUAUUAUUUAAAAAUGAAGUUUUAUUUUCUAAAGAGGAAUUUCAAAAUGAACUUAAUUUAACCGAUGAUGAAACAACACUUUAUUAUCAAUUAUUCGAACAAUUAUAUAAUAAUCGAAAUGAUAAUAUAAAGAAAAAAGUUCAUUUUAUUGAUGAUAAUAAUUUAUUAAUUUCAAAUUUUAGUUUUGGACAAUUUCAAUCAAUGUUUAUAUCAUCACGUCAUAUACAUUCAAUAGAUAAUCAACUUGAAAUAAAAUCAAAUAUAAAUUCAGAAGAUUUUUCAAAUCUUGGUUUAUAUUUAUUUUCUUCAUGGUUUUGGUAUAAUAAUAUUGAUAAUAUUGAAGAAAAUUUUCAUUCAUAUCUUCAAUUAAUGCAUUUAAAAAAUGAUGAUCUUGUUUUACUUUUUUUACAUUCUUUAUUUUCAAUACCAUUAACAUUACCAAAAUCAAUAAAUAUUUGGAAAAAAUUAUUUUCAAUUAUUUAUUCAUUUAAUAAUAAUAAAAAAUUAUUAUUAAUAACAUUUGAAAAAACAACAAAUGGUUUAACAGCACUUUUAUUAAUAUUAAUAUUACGUUUAUAUGAUAAUAAAAUAGAUUUAUCACUUUUAAUACGUCGUUUAUCAGCACUUGUUGCUGUACAAAAUUUAUAUUCAUCAAUUAAAUAUAAUAAUGAACAUAAUGAAUCAAUUGAUAUUAAAUUAAAUGAAUUUACUGUUGAAUCAAUUUUUAUUAAACAUCGAUAUGAUUUUUUACUUGAAAUUAUUACACGUAGAAUUGUUGAAGUUGCUAUUGAACCAUCAUGGUUAACAAUAACAUCAGUUGAUUUAAAAGAAAAUUCAUUUCAAAAUAAUCUUUCAAUUUGUCGACAAAUUCUUCCACAUACAUUUGAACCAACAGUUUUAUUAAUUUAUUCGUCUUGGAUAUGUAUGACUAUUUGGCAUAAACAAUUAAUAUCACCUACUAAUCCAACAUCAUUAACAAUAAAUCGAACACCAAUUGAUCUUUUUAAUUUAUCACUUAUUUUCUAUAAUCAUAUUCAAAUUGGAAUAAUAAAACAAAAUUUAGGUACACUUUUAUGGCAUACAUAUAUACGUUCUCGUAUAUUAACAUUAACACAAUUAAUUGAAAAAAUUGGUAAAAUUCCAAAAGAUCGUUUAUGUUAUAAAGAACUUCAUUUAAAUGAAAAAGAUUUAAUUAUUUUACUUGAACAAUUAUCAAAAAAUUUUUUUAAUACAUUUAUUGAUUCAAUUUAUAAUCAACUUAAUGAAAUACCAAUAUUUAAUAUUGAUGAUGUUUGGCAAUUAAAUACUACUGGUAUUUCAUCGGAUCAAUUAGAACCUGUUUCUCCAUUUAUUAAUCUUUAUUCUACUUCAACUAUACCUGAACAAAUUGAACAACAAAAUUCUUUACUUGAACUUGUUAUGGAACAAAAACCUGCUAAUGGUCAUCUUGUAUUACAUCAUGAUAAAUUAAUACUUAUAUUGUAUUAUUUAAUGUAUUAUCAUAUAAAAUCUAUUCGACCAUUUUCAUUAUUUGAUACUAAAGGUAUACAUGCAUUUUUUACUGAUCUUUAUUCACAUCCAUUAGUAACUGAUGAUGUUGAUAGUACAAUAUCAAAUAAACGACAAUUAUUUUUUUCACAUUUACUUAAUACAAUAUUUGAACAACAUGAUAAUACAAAACAAUUUGAUGAAAAAAUUUUUGAAUAUAUUUUACGUUUAUCAACUGAUAUGCUUGUUGAUCAUGAAUAUAUACGUCGACAUUAUAUAUCACUUUUAUAUGCAUAUAAUUAUGAUUAUUUAGCAAUAAAUGAAGAAAAUCGUAUUUAUGAUAGACAAGCAUUAGCUUUUCAAUUACUUACAAUAGCAGGUUUAAGACUUAAUUAUAUAAUUGAUGGUAAUGUUGAUUCAACAACAAAAAUGUCAGUAAAAUCAUUAGAAAUACGAGCAAAAACAUCAUCAACAUUAAAAACAUGGCUUGCAUCUUUAACAACUUUAGUCGAUUAUAAAGUUCAACCAUGUUCUUUAGAUGCUAUUCAAACAAUGUUAACAAGAAUAGCAUGUUAUUUACCACAGACUAAUUUAAGUCAAUCGAAUCUAGCACAAGAAAUGAUUGAACUUGUACAACAAUUAAAACGAUAA